AGAGUAGUCACAUCUGUAAUUCGCGGACAAAUAGUAGAGAAGGCAUCUUAACAUGGAACCUAGAUAGUGGACCGUGUUAUCAAAUCAACGCAAGACUUUUGAGCAGUUUGACAGUUAAUAGAUUAACCCCCCCAUAUCAAUAGCGCAGUGGUACGCAGACGGUCGUAUCAGUCAUUUUACCGGCAAAGGAUGUUGAAAAUUUUAGUUCCGUUGCUUGCCCUGGCAUUUAAUAAUGCCUUGGGAUAUCGACGGGUUUGUUACUAUACAAACUGGGCGCAGUACAGAAAUGGACCCGCUAAGUUUUACCCGGAAAAUGUAGACCCAACCCUGUGUACCCAUGUCAUCUACGCCUUUGCCAAAAUGAAUGGUAACCAUCUGGUGCCUUUUGAGUGGAAUGACGAAAGCACACCAUGGAUGAAAGGAAUGUAUGAGCGUUUCAAUAAGCUCAAGCAGCAAAAUCCCUCAUUGAAGACCCUUCUGGCCGUUGGUGGAUGGAACAUGGGAAGCGCUCCAUUCACACAUAUGGUGGCCACUGACGCUGGUAGGAGGGAGUUUGCCACCUCUUCUGUCCAGUACCUUAAAAAACAUGGUUUUGACGGUUUGGACAUGGACUGGGAAUAUCCCGCCAACAGAGGAAGCCCACCCGCGGACAAAGAUCAUUUUACACAGCUUCUGAAGAUUCUACAUGAAACAUUUGCACCCGAAGGUUUGAUGUUGACAGCUGCUGUGCCCGCUGGAAAGAAAAAUAUUGACCCAGGAUACAAUGUCCCUGUCAUUUCACAGUAUUUGGAUGAAAUAAACUUGAUGACGUAUGACUUGCAUGGCGGUGGUUGGGAAGACAAAACUGGUCAUAAUUCUCCUCUCAAAGCUCAUCCAAAGGAGUCAGGAAACGAAACGUAUCUUAAUGUCGAAUGGGCCGUGAAUUACUGGCUUCAGAAGGGGGCACCUGCUGACAAGUUGAACGUAGGAUUGCCUCUGUAUGGACGCUCAUUCACACUAGCUAGUACCAGCAACACCGGACUCUUCGCUCCCGAUAGAGGCAAUGGUGGACAGGCUGGCAGAUAUACAAGAGAAGCCGGAUUCCUGGCUUACUACGAGAUUUGUGAGAUGCUGAAGAGUGGAGGUACCCGCCAUUGGAUUCCUGAAAUGGAGGUUCCCUAUGUUGUCAAAGGUGACCAAUGGGUUGGCUACGAUGAUCCACAAAGCUUGAAAUUGAAGGUUGAUUUUGCGAAAAGUAAGGGGGUCGGUGGUAUCAUGGUGUGGGCUUUAGAUCUCGAUGACUUCAGCGGUAGUUGUGGACAGGGAAAAUACCCACUCCUUCGUGCCAUCAAUGACGAACUGACGUCCGGGCAAACUCAACAGCCUCCAAAUGCUCCAACUACUGCUGCCCCCGCCGCCGCCACCACCACACGGAUGCCACAGCAUCAGACCACCCACGCCAAUAACCACCCCACAAAUGCCCCCGCUCCAGCCACUAAUAACGCAAUGCGACGGGUGUGUUAUUACACAAACUGGUCACAAUACAGAAACAACCCUGCAAAGUUCUUCCCAGAAAAUGUUGACCCCACUCUCUGCACACACCUCAUCUACGCCUUUGCCAAAAUGAACGGCAACCACCUGGCGCCUUUUGAGUGGAAUGACGAGAGUACAUCAUGGAGUAAGGGAAUGUAUGAGCGUUUCAAUCACCUGAAGAAGCAAAAUCCCUCACUGAAAACCCUUCUGGCCGUCGGUGGAUGGAACAUGGGAUCCGCUCCAUUCACAAGAAUGGUGGCCACCGACUCCAGCAGGAGGGAGUUUGCUACCUCCACUGUCAAGUUCCUGAAAAAGAACGGUUUUGAUGGUCUGGAUAUGGACUGGGAGUACCCCGCCAACAGAGGAAGCCCACCUGCGGACAAAGAUCGUUUCACACAGGUUCUGAAGGUUCUACACGAAACAUUUGCACCGGAAGGACUCAUGUUGACAGCUGCUGUGGCCGCUGGAAAGAGUAAAAUCGACACUGCAUAUGACAUUCCUGCCAUUUCACAGUAUUUGGAUGAAAUAAACUUAAUGACAUAUGAUAUGCAUGGAGGAAGUUGGGAAGAUCAAACUGCGCCUAAUGCUCCACUUAAAUCUCAUCCAAAGGAGAGCGGAAAUCAAACGUCUCUUAAUGUCGAAUGGGCAGUAAAUUACUGGCUUCAGAAGGGGGCACCUCCAGAGAAGAUGAACGUAGGAAUGCCUCUCUACGGACGAACAUUUACUCUAGCAAGUUCCAGCAACGAUGGACUGUUCGCUCCCGACAGGGGCAAUGGUGGUCAGGCCGGCAGAUACACUGGAGAGGCCGGAAUUCUAGCUUACUAUGAGGUCUGUCCGAUGCUUAAAAAUGGAGGAACACGCCACUGGACUCCUGAAAUGGAGGUUCCCUAUGUCGUCAAAGGUGAUCAGUGGGUCAGCUAUGACGAUCAACAAAGUUUAAAACUUAAGGUCGACUUCGUCAAGAGUAAAGGACUUGGUGGUAUCAUGGUCUGGUCUCUGGAUAUGGACGACUUCAAUGGUGUUUGUGGACAGGGCAAAUAUCCUUUACUUCGUGCAAUCAAUGACGACUUGUCUGGUCCAGUGCAGCAGUUGACUAAUUCUCCUACUACUGCUGCUCCAACAAUGUCACCUUCCACUGCAAGUACCACUACAAGUACCACUGCAAGUACCACCACUGCAAGUACCACCACUACAAGUACCACUGCAAAAACCACUAAAAGUACCACUGCAAGUACUACAACCACCCAGCCACCACAACAUACACAGAAGCCCCACACAAAGACCACACACGUCAAUCACAAUACACAUAUGCUUCCCAGCAAAACUACUACCACACCUAUAAAAACCACACACCACAUAGGAUCGACUAAGCGCUUUGACUGUACAGGGAAACGUAGCGGUUUCUAUGCCGAUCCAAAUUCCUGCACGCAGUAUUUCAUUUGUGCCGGCCCCCAGAGUUUUGAAGUGUCUUGUGCUUCCGGUCUUAUGUUUAAUGAGGCCACCAAAUUCUGCGAUUGGCCAUCCAACGUUCAGUGCAAAAAUCAACAUCAGGUACAGCAAAUGUCAACUCAAGCAUCUGUCCAGACCAAUCCACCACGAACAACACACUCACAGGGAACUCAUCACGUGACCACAACUACCACUCAGGCACCAGCUCACACUAAUCCACCGCGAACGACCACAACCACUACUCAGGCACCAGUACAGCCAACUCAAGCACCAGUGCAGACAAACGCCGGUGGUGGUCCUCAGGCCUUCUGCAAAAACCGCGGAGAUGGUCACUACAGAGACCCGAAUAAUUGUGGCAUGUUCUACCAGUGCGCCAUGCAUGUUGCAUACCAUCAACGCUGUCCCCCUGGAACUGUCUUCAACGCAGCCAUCGUCAAUUGUGACUAUGCAUUCAGGGUUCCCGGUUGCAAUAAUCAAACGCCUUAGACUUUAUCAAAAUGGACAAGUGCUACCUUAAAUACUAGUAUUGUUUUUUGUUACAUUCAUACUCUUUCAUGUAGAUCUUUUGUUUGAUUUUUUGUGUUCUUAAAAUAAAGGAAUUCCAUGCAC